AUGAUUAUGAGAAAGAUGAUGCGCCACGUACUAUGUUUACUGGUUCUCAUCUUGUGCUGCAGCUAUGGAUGCCUGUCAGCUGCUAUAUCCGACUCUCAUCCUGUUGUGCAUGGUACUGAUAUUAAUCCUGGUACUCCUGGUGAUCGUUUCGCUAAAAAUUACGACCAACAUCCUGGGGUUGAUGGAAAACCUAGUACGGAUGUCUUUAACAAACUAAAAGGAAUUUUGAACCUCAAUCCUGGUAUUGGUGUUGGUGCUCGUACUGACCCGGGCCGUGUUCCCCCUCUUGUUUCUGGUGGUGUUACUAAUGUAGAAGGAUCUCAUCCUUCUACAGCACCCAGUUCUACUUGUGUUGCUGGUAAGGAACUUAAGCGUGAUGAUGUUGUUGGUGGUGUUUCUGGUGUUGACGAUGUCCCCUGUGCUGCUGGUGUUCCUGGUACUCCUGGUGGUGGUGUACAUAGUGUUAUCCGUUACCCUGGUCGUAAUGAUAGUCCAGCUGCUACUCAUGUUGUUGUUCCCGAUAUUGGUGGCAAAGACGGUGUACCUGGUGUUAAAGACUCUGACACGGUAACUCUAAGCUCUCAUCCUGAUGCUGGUGUUGGUGUCCUGCGCAGUGUUGGCGGAAAGCAAAGUAUUGGUGUUGACCUUCAACCUGGUGUUGGUGUAAAGGCUCCUGGUGCUCCUGAUACUCCUCUUGUUCCCACGGUUGCAAAGAAUCCUGCUGUGACUCUUGGACCUCAUCCUGGCCCUCGUAUUGUUGUUGACGCCAACCUUACUGGUUCUCGUAAAUUAACUCUUGACACCCAACCUGAUGCUGGUGUUGGUAUCCGACCAAUUCUUAAUGGGAAGCCAGGUGUUGGUGUUGGUCUCGGUACAAGCGAACCUCAAAAAGCUCCUGGUGUUCCCUUUCGUCCUCCUGUUCACACUGCUCCAACUACUCCACCUGCUAAUGGAUACCCUGGUGUGCCUGAUGCUGUUCCUAUUGUUGCUGGUGCUCCUACUUUUGCUGGUAAUCGUGGUGGUGCUCGUCCUCCUCGCACAGCUGUUGAUUCUUCACCUGCUGCUGAUAUAACUAAUGAUGGUUCUCAGAUUAAUGAAGAAGUGUCAGCUCCUACGAUUACGCACCAUGAAGAGAAUGGUCAUCAGGCAGAGACUACCGAAGCACCUGCACAGAUUGAAUCACCGAAGAACACCCCCAAGACACCCACUAAGGUGACAUCACCCGCAAUGCCAACAAUACUGCAACCUCCUACACCUGCGAAGAGCGAGACCAAAGUACCACCCAAGAAGCGUAAAGCAGACAGCAGCAGUAUCAGCCCCGUUUGGGUACGUGUACCACUACUGAUUGUGGCUGUGUUGUUCUCCAUUACUGUGUACUGA